AGCCCCUUUGUUUUUGUGGUUGUGGGUUUCAAUAUCUGCAUCAUCCUCUAAUUCAUAACUGUAUCUUGCUCAUCUCUGAAGUGUCGCUGGGCAUUGUCCUUCCUUCUUCUUCUAUGCCUUGGAUCCACUUUGUUUUAUACGGAAAACAUUUUCUUUUUCAUGGACUCUAGUAAGAAACUUGUCUUUUCGGAGCCGUUUCUGUCACAGAGAAGGAAAGUAGUUUCUGGGUUUAGUUUAGGGGUUGUAGCUUCUCUUCUUAUUUUCACUCUUAUCUUUCUUGAUCAUUCCCUUAAUCCUAAAGUUCAGGGCUUUCUUCAAGGACUAGAUAAUGAUGGUUCAAAUUCUUCCUUUCCCUCUUUGCCCUUUUCAUUUUCAUCUUCUUCUUCUGCGAGUAAUGUCUCUGUGAAUUCUGGGCAGAAUAGUGAGGAAGGAAGUGUUCGUGUGGGUAAAACUGGCGAAGUGAAUGUUCCACAGACGAAUCCUCUGGAGGAAAAUUUAACAGAGAACUAUAAGAAUGCAAGCUUGCAUUCUGAAGAACCAAAGGUUCAACAGGAAGAAAUCCAUGAAACAAACGGCACAUUGGGUUCUGAGAAAGCAAAUAUUUUGGAUUCACUAAGCACUCGCCCGGAGAAUACCUCCCAAGCAGGUCAAGAUGUAAACUUGAUUGGUAGUGGGAGAGGAACCCAUGCAAGCACAAGUCUUUUUGACAAAGCAAAUAAGGAAACACAGAAAUUUCCUGCACCAGAAUCACCAAAGAAUGCCAAUUUCAGUGCAGAAAAUAACAGCAUGGAUAAUGCAAGUGUCAUUGCUAAAGAUUCACAUGCAGAGAAAAUGAAGAUCAGUUUCUAUGAGAACUGCAACAUUUUCGAUGGUAAGUGGGUAAGAGAUUAUUCAAAACCAUAUUAUCCCAUGGGUUCUUGCCCUCACAUCGAUAGGGAUUUCAAUUGCCACAUUAAUGGAAGACCUGAUGGCGAUUAUGUGAAAUGGAAAUGGCAGCCGAAUGACUGCGACAUUCCAAGUUUAAAUGCUACUGAUUUUCUGGAGAGAUUGAGAGGUGGGAAGCUUGUAUUUGUGGGGGAUUCAUUGAACAGGAACAUGUGGGAAUCUUUGGUUUGUAUCCUCCGACAAAGCAUCCCUAACAAGAAACGAGUUUAUGAGAUCUCAGGAAAGACGCAAUUUAAGAAGAAAGGUGUUUAUGCUUUUAGAUUCGAGGACUAUAAUUGUACAGUUGACUUUGUUGGUUCACCAUUCCUCGUAAGAGAAUCAACUUACCAAGGAAAAAAUGGAUCUUUCGAGACAUUAAGAUUGGAUCUGAUGGACCAGACAACUCAUACUUAUCAUGAUGCUGAUAUUAUAGUGUUCAAUACAGGCCAUUGGUGGACCCAUGAGAAAACUUCUAGAGGAGAAGACUAUUAUCAAGAAGGUGAUGUGGUGCACCCAAGGCUCAAGGUUCUUGAUGCAUAUACUCGGGCUCUGACCACUUGGGCUCGGUGGAUUGGCAGAAACAUUGAUGCUGAGCGAACGCAGGUUUUCUUCCGAGGAUAUUCCCCCACCCACUUCAAGGGAGGGCAAUGGAAUUCUGGAGGACAGUGUCACAGAGAAACGGAGCCGAUAUACAAUGAGGCUUUCUUACAAAAGUAUCCUUCAAAAAUGAGAGCUCUAGAUCAUGUGCUCAGAAAGAUGAAAACCCCGGUGACAUAUUUGAACAUAAGCAGGCUCACAGAUUACAGGAAAGAUGGACAUCCUUCUAUAUACAGAAUGGAAUAUAAAACCGCCCACGAACGAAACUCGGCCGAGCAGCACCAAGAUUGCAGCCAUUGGUGCUUACCCGGCGUACCAGACACCUGGAACGAGUUGCUCUACGCAUCCCUCUUGAAAAAUGGCAAGGGCACUUGGAAAAGGACCAACUGAAACUUCACUCAAAGUCAUUUCAUACCCACUUCCUGAUUCUUGAUACCUGUAUAUUUUAAUUCUUUUUUCCCACAUUUUCAGUUAUAGUUUCUGAGGAAGAUUAGUGUGAUGAGUUGAGAUAUUUGGGUUUUGUAAUCAUAUUCUUAUUAGCACGCUUUUGCAAGAUUGGGUAAAGAAAAAUGGAAGAUCAAAAUGUUUUCUGUUA